UCCAACUCCAGAACAGAUCCGGCAGAUGUGGAAACCAGCCUCCAAACUGUCCAUUGAGGGUGAUGCUCACACCUACAAGAAAACAAUUCGGCAGAAUUGGAAAGGCCUGGUCAUCCAAGACUUUGGUGGAGAGAAAGGGUUAAGAGUGGUUACAACCAAGCCUUUUGCUGAAGGUGAUAUUAUCUGUGAUUACCAUGGAAUCAUCACCACAGCUGCUGAGGGGAGAGAAAUGGUGAGCCACAACUCAGAAGAAGACAUGCGUGGCCUGUUUUUCUUCAGAGCUGGGCAGACGGAACUCUGCAUUGAUGGCCACAGUCCAUGUGAGUGUCACGGAGCAGACACUUUUGGCAGAAGGAUCAAGCAUUCUUCGAAAAAGGGCAACCUGAAGCCACUUCACUGCGUCUUCAACACAGGAGAAGGUGAAAAGCAAGCCAUCCUCUUCAAGGCUUUGAAGGACAUUGACACAAACACUGAACUUUCUUUUGACCACGGUGCCAAGAGGAAGUUCUUCAGAGGAGAGGGCCUGGACCUGAAAUGGCUGGAUGAGUAGAAUAUUCAUAUGAAUGAGAGGAUUUAACAUCUUGUUGUUACAACAUCAACAGGCCCAGUGUGUAUCCCAGUACUGGGUACCUGCUGGGACUAACGAUACAUGUACACUUAUGUAAAUAGUUUUUAAUUGCAUUCAUUUUUUUACUUUUACAAAUUAGUUUAAGAAAGAAAUAUAUGUUCUGCACAAAUCCUUUUGGAAAAUUCAAUUUA